AUGGACCGACGCAAUAGUGACGACAACGAGCCAUCGCGACGGCUGAGCAACCCCGACGUCUUCGACGAUGACCACGAAAUCGAUCCGAAUGAGGAAGACUUCAUGCCCUCGGUCUCCGAUGGCUUUCGGCCAGCCAACGCCCCCGAGACGUGGCACAGCGACCGCCAGGACCACGAUCGGAUAGCCACGCCGCAGCGACAAGCGUCCACUGCAAAGCCCAACAACAGCGAUUUGCGUCGGACAGCAACGCGGAACAGCACCGCCAAAGUGUACGACCCCACAAUGCAAGAUAUCCGAUCGCCGCUCAACAGGGGACCCAGCCACCGCUCGCCUCUGUCACACUCGCAUCGCGACUCGGUGGACUCGACUGCGUCUUUCGCGACAACGAGCAACUCGGAAAACCCCUUUGAGACCGGUCCCAGCCACCCCUAUGGCAUGUAUCCGCAGCUUUCCAUGGCCCGGCCACUGAGCGUGGCAACAAGCUCAACAGAACGGCAACCGCAUCGAUCCUUGUCCUUGCAACGGCCAACUCACCCGUACGCCAUGUACUCGCAGAGCGGAAUAGUGGAUGAAGAAGGGCCAGAAGAGCCUGCACAGCCGGCGGUGCCCCAGGUACAGGCGGCUAUUCCCGUUGGAUUCCCGGGCCUCAACAAUGGCUAUCAUCGAGUGCUUGGGCCUGACGGCGAGGAGCAGGAUAUCAUCGGACCGGAUGGCCACACGGAACAACUUCCACCAUACUCGAGAUAUCCAGAGGAGGGUCCAACAAAGGCAUCAUUGGCUGCCGAGGCAAGCGCGUCGCGUGUAGUCCCCGCACCCGCGCAAGUCGACCCAGAAGAUCCCUUCCAUACUCCGCCAUCCCCUGUAUCGCCGCAGAGCCCUGUCUCGCUGUCUGCCCCAGCCCUCCCCGCUACUGCUGCUGCUCCUCUGCUGCCUUCUGUUACACCUGCCCGUUUGCCGCCUCAAAGACCAGAAACCCAGACUGGCAGUGUAGCACCUACCAACUCCACUACCGCUCCAAGCAAUGGCACCGUCCCGGCUGAACCUUCUGAUUCGUCCUCCGCAUCCUUGUUGACAAACGAAAAUCCCAUGUCAGAAAAGAUGGAACCAACUGCCGAUAAAGUGAAUUGGCGUAAGAGAAAGUUAUGGGGAAAAAUACCAAUGGGAAUCGCUAUGAUAGUCCUUUUGCUCAUUAUAAUCUUUGCUGUUGCCCUGGGAUCAGCAAUUGGUACCUUUGCUGCCAAGAAUCAAAGCAAAAAAGACAAAGAGGAAGAACAUCGCCACCAACAUGAAGAAGCCCAACCACAGGUCACUGGACAAAAUGGAUCCCUGUUUGACGCCGUCCCCAUCUCAAAACCAUCCGGCAUGUCUUCAAUACCCACCGGCCCCUUUGCACUUCCCAUGGGCAUACCGCAAGAGAGCACCCCAGGAUGCCUGACGCAGGCGAACCAAUUCGCCGCAUGGUCAUGCAAAAUGACGUUUGCGCCCCUUGUUAUAACGGUUAAUGAAACGGUCGUUGGCGGCGACACUGUACAAGUGGCGUCGUUGGGCCCCGGUCCUUCUGUGCCAAAGAAUUCCAUCCUCUACGGCCUCCAGACCCCACAACUAAACAAACAGCCAAUGGAGCUUGUGCUCGACUUGGACUUCAAGUCAUACGGACCAGCUUAUCAUUUUUCCGCUCGAUACGACAAGCUAGUCAUUCUACCACCAGAGCAACUCAAUCUCGGAUCAACAAUCGCGAAACGACAAAACUCAAAAUACAGACAACGUUUCGAGGUAAAGCCCGGUGACUAUCCUUGGUACUGCUUCUGGAAUGAGACGUACAUUGAAGGCUAUAUCUAUGUGCAGGACAACUCGACUGCAGCGUCAUUCACGUCAUUUCCUACCGAAUGGCCAACCCCCACUUCAUCCGUCUCGGACACUGUCGCAAUUGAGGCCUUGACUGUUACAGCAACAACAACCGACGUGAAAACAGUCGACAUCACACCGUCUGCCAAAACAAACCCGACUCCCUCGCCUUCCCAGGUCAAAGCACGAGAUGCACCACCCCCUGAUAAUUCUCCGCCACGCAUGCCACCUUACCCACGUACCGUUAAGAUUGAAGAGCGCCGCCUUGCCAACUCACCGCAGCCCUACUGCCAACAAAUGGUCUUACUGGAUAAUGGACAGAUCACCCCAGCACCCAGCCCAAACGACAGUCCGAUCAGAAUAUGGCUGCAAGAGUCAGAUCCGAGUUACGAGGAGUUCCUCGCUGCUCAGCCUAGCGGAACCAGCUCACCAGGUCCAAAAACCAAACGUCAAAGCGCUCCCCAGAUGCAGAAACGUGUUGAUCCAGCAGAUGCUUGUCACUGUCAGUGGAUGUUCGAUUGA